GUAAUGCCGUAUGUCAGGAAAGGAAGUGGGGCAGAGCAGAGGACAUGCACACACACACACACACACACACACACACAUACACACACACACACACACACUGUUACUGUAAUAAGGAAGAACAUUGUACCUAUCAGAAUCAGAGGAACGAACAGCCCAGAUGAAAAGUGUUUCUUCUCUCACCGGUCAGGACGCGGCACCGGAGCUGGACUUGGAGCUGGAGCAGCCUGUCCGGAUGGAGGAGGAGUCCAGGGAGGUAGAUCUUCAGGUGGAAGAGGAGCAGGAGAUGGAGAAGGAUGUGAGCCCCUGUCUCGUCGAGCCCAGCAUGCAGGGUGUAAUAAGAGGCGGUGACCUCUUCGGCUAUGUAGGCAUCGAGGCCGUGCUGGAUCAGAUGAGACGCAAAACUAUGAAGGCCGGCUUUGAGUUUAACAUCAUGGUUGUUGGUCAGAGUGGCCUGGGAAAAUCAACACUGGUGAACACGCUGUUUAAAUCCAAGGUCAGCCGCAAGUCCUGCACUCCCAAUUACGAGGAGAAGAUUUCCAAGACAGUCCACCUGCAAUCCAUCAGCCACAUAAUUGAGGAGAAAGGGGUGAAGAUGAGGCUCACCGUUAUUGACACACCCGGAUUCGGAGACCAGAUCAACAAUGAGAACUGCUGGGAGCCCAUUGUCAAGUAUAUCAAUGAGCAGUAUGAAAAAUAUCUGAAGGAGGAACUGCACGUCAACAGGAAGAGAAGGAUCCCAGACACCCGCGUCCACUGCUGCGUCUACUUCCUACCGGCCACGGGACACUGGUUGCGCCCGAUUGAUGUGGAGUUUAUGAAGAGGCUGGGAAAGAUCGUCAGCAUCGUUCCGGUGAUUGCUAAAGCUGACACACUCACCAUGGAGGAGAGGCUAGAAUUUAAGCAGAGGAUAAGUCAGGACCUUCAGGCCCACGGGAUCCGAGUGUACCCACAGAAGGAAUACGAUGAGGAUGCCGAGGACCGGAUACUUAACGACAAGAUCAGGGAAAACAUCCCGUUUGCAGUAGUGGGCACAGACAAGGAGCACCAAGUGAACGGCAACAAGGUUUUGGGACGAAAAACCAAAUGGGGAAUCAUCGAAGUUGAAAAUGUUGCACAUUGUGAAUUUGCCAACUUGAGAGAUCUGCUUAUUAGGUCUCACCUGCAGGAUCUGAAGGACGUCACCCACUACAUCCACUAUGAGACGUACCGGGUGCAGAGGCUCAAUGAUAGCAACAUGAGUGGACUCGUGCUCUCCGAGCUGACUCUGGAGAACGGUACAGCGGAGAAGAACGAUCCAGAGAGCCAGCUUUAAACCCGCACGUUCCCUUCACCAGUCCUGCAUGAGAGCUGCUGAAACUGGGUGAUCAUGUGACCCGAGGUCCUUCUCAGCCAGGAGAGAACAUUUCAAAAUGUUGCGAAUGUGGAGAAUCAUAAAGACAUUUCUGCAUUUAAACGUCAUAUAUGAGUCUAUUUUUUAAAAGGAGUUUAUAUAAUGGGUGGGAUUUUGGGGAGAAUAAAAAAGCCUAAGACAGAGAAUAGUGAUGAUGAAGAUGGUGGUGUGGAAAGAAGUACAAAGAUAAAAUGAGUGUAAUUCACUGUGUUCGCUUUACCAGCAAGUGUUGGCACGGGAAGCAAGUGAUUCAUAUCAGUGCUGUUCAGUCUUUACUGCCUGCAACCAGCAAAUCUUGUACUUUUCUCCUCCUGUAGGCCUUUUCAAAUGAAAUUAGGAACUAUUUUUUGUUGCCGUGUUUGUUUUGGAAUUGUGUCAUUUUGAACAGAGCUAUUUUUGAAUUUAGAGAAAAGCCUCAGUCACACCAAGUUGUUGUAUGUGAAAUGACGUGUGUUUCUAUUGAUGAUAAUAGUAUCAACAUAAAGCCAAGAAGUUGUGCUUAUUGAUAGAAAGUGCCUAUUUAAAAUUUUAAUGCAAUAAUUUUUUUCCAGGUUUCUCAGCCAGUUCACCAACUUCCAGUGCAAGACAAAGUUUCACAAUAGAAUCCAUUUCUUUUUGAGUACUUUGCAAGUUGAUCCAAAGCAGGAACAACUGUAUAUAUAAACGUUACAUGGUUUUCAGUCAAUUGGGUUGCUUAAUAAAAUGGAUUGGAAAACUUUUGGUCCCCCAGGUUCAUUCUGUGAUGUUAAAUUGCUAAUUAAAACCAGCAAGACCAAAACAUAUUCCCAAAUUACAAUUUAGAUAUAGAUAAAAUACAGAUAAAUUACAGCUAAAUUGCUAACUAAACUACAACGAAAGCCCAUGUUUGGCAAAAAUGUCUCACUUCACAUGUCCAAGUGCACUUUUUGUUUUAUUUACUGUGUCCUAUUAAUUUACACUGCAUACUUAACACUGCUGCCAGAAAAACUGUGAAAAUUUUGCAAAUUGGAUUAUGCAAAUGUGCCCAGUCGUGGCAUGCGUUUAGCCAAUCGGGCACCGCCUUUACAAAAGAUAAGCCAUUCAAUUAGAAAUGACCACCCACAAGAGUCUGGUGCGACCGAGGCUUUAGAAGUGCUGUAUAGUAAUAUGACCAAAAGUUUUAUAUUCAAGGUGUCAAAUGUUCAUUUAGGUCUGAUACAAAAAGGGAUACAAACAUUUAUUUUACAAAAAAAAGAAAGAAAAUAUUCUUAUUUUUGAUGCCUGUUCUUUAAGUAACCAAGUUUUAUAAAGGCUCUGACAUACAUACCCAAAUACAUAGUAGCCAAAGCAUGACAUUACAAAAAACUGAUCUUUGAUUCAUCUUUGAAAUCAUACACAUUUUUAUAUUUGUGGAAAUUAUUAAUUUUUAUAAGACUUACUGGAUUUCUGACAACCUUCACAUAAAAAAAACUACUGUACAUACCCAUGUUGUAUUUCUGCCUUUUUUACAGGACAAUGUGUACUAACAGAUCAAUCAUGUCAUUGUUACACAUUAAUAUUCAUGUAAACAUUAUUGAUUUAUAAUUAAAUGAUUGUCACUGGUGAUGUCGAGCUCUCGCUUGAUUGUGCAUCAUAAAUACAUCAUCACUGAAACAAUUUCCAUCCAUAUUCAUAACAUUUUACAAUAGGCAAAUAGGCAAACCUUAAUUCUUAAAAGAUUGUGCAUCAUAAAUACAUCAUCACUGAAACAAUUUCCAUCCAUAUUCAUAACAUUUUACAAUAGGCAAAUAGGCAAACCUUAAUUCUUAAAAUGUUGAGUAGAGGGUAUGUAGAGGGUAUGUAGACUGCUACUAAAAACAGAAAACAGUGAUUUGUAAAUUCUUU